CUCAGGCAACAAAUGUUUUGUAUAAGUCUUACUUCUGUACAAACAGGAGAUGUCUAUUAAUGUCUCAGCAUUUUAGUGUGGUUAAAAAGCAGAAGAGACUGAAUAUGUGCAGGGAACUGAUGACCGUAGUAGUGUUUGAGAACUGUCCUGCCCAACCCAAGAAAAGGGAAGAGAAAGACAGAAAGAGAGCAUUUCUUAAUUGUAACACCCCUUAGCUAGGCACUUGAGGGCUCUCAGUCAGCAACCUCUUUUCACUAGCUGUCAUGGCCUCCAGUAUAGAUCUUGUCAUCCUGCUUCUCUGGACUCUUCACUGUGGAGGCACUUUCAAAGUACAAGAGGAAUCUUUAAUCCAGACUGCUUUUGUCAACGAACAAGUGAAUACAGCCUGCAAGGCUAUCUUCCUUUAUAAACCUGAAUAUAUAAAUUUUGAAAUUAUUUAUUACCAAAUUAACUCAAAAGGCGAGAGAAUCACAGUUCACAAAUCUAAACGUUCUGAAACUAUCCCUCCUGGAAAAGAGAACAAAACAGCAACAACAAUUUGCAACGUUUCUAUCAAACCUACUGAACAUAGGUCAGCAAGUGGUGCUUACUACUGCCAAGCUAAAUGGGCCAAUAGAGAAAGUCAUGGAAUGGGGACAUUCAUCCUUUUUAGAGACGGGGGAUAUACUGAGCCUCCCCUUGUUAUGUGGAUAUGCCUGAUCACCUUUACAGUUGUUCUGGCUGUUGUGAGCAUCAUGGGAACAGUACUGCUGUUCUGGAAGAGAGAGGUGGUAUGCCUUUGGAAGAAGAAGGUCGAGAAGUGUCCAGCUCAGGGGUCAGAAGCUGCAAGCUGCUCAGAACUUCCAGGGUCCCUCUAUGCUGCCUUAGGACCUCAUGAACCUGAAAUCUAUUCAGUCAUUGAAGAUAAAUCAUCACAGAAAAAGAAUCCUGCACCUAAGGUAUCUUACCAGAAAACACAAGAGGAAAUCGAUGAUAUCGUGUAUGAAAACCUCUAACCUGCCUUCAUACCUCAAAAGAAGGUUCUUAUUUCCCUCUGUGAAUAAAUAUGGAGCAAACCAUUGUUGUAUAAAAGAAAAGGAUCUUCUGGUAUCGAAAACAGAACCUAGAAAAGGCCUCCUGGAGCAGCUCGGUAUUAUCCCUAUUCAGACUACCAAAAUGCAACUCUGUGGUACAAAUGCUUGCUGGUGAACAGAAUCAACUCAACGAAUGGAAAUAGAAAGCAUGUUGGGAGAAUGAAACUUGAAAUGCCUGCUGUCAGUGUGGUUUGUGACUCCAGUUCAAGCAAAAUGUGUUUGGAGGACAGCGUAAAAGCCAUUGUUUGCAGGAAUGCAAAAUGGUAUAACAUAAGAUUGGUAUUGUUAACAUGUAGCCUUUUUACUUUUCAUAGGCUUUUCCGCACAUGGACUGCAAGCAUAUAGGUGAGAUGAUUAAUUUCAUGAUGUUUAGGAUGGUGUGUUUUGUUAGAUAACUAUUUUACUAAUGAGAAUAACAUAGGCAACUCACAAUACCAGUGAUGGCGAACCUUUUCGAGACCCAGUGCCCAAAUUGCAACCCAAAACCCACUUAUUUAUCGCAAAGUGCCCAUGCGGCAAUUUAACCUGAAUAACCCCCUCGAUCAGGGGCCAGC